AUGGCCGUCGCGAUCUGCAUCAAGGUGGCCGCACUCGUUGCGCUCGUGUCCGUGUUCGCCACGCAUGGCGCUCGCGCGCAGCCGAGCUACAACGCCUCCUCCGCCCGCAGGGAAUUGUACUACUCCAGCACCACCGGCGGCAGCUGGCAACCUGCCAUGGCCACCUGGUACGGCCGGCCCAACGGCGCCGGCCCUGACAACAACGGUGGUGGGUGUGGGUACAGCGGCACCAACCUGUACCCUUUCAACUCCAUGACGUCCUGCGGCGACCACAAAUUGUUCAACGACGGCAAGGGCUGCGGCGCAUGCUACCAGAUAAAAUGCGUGAGCAGGAACAACCCUGCCUGCUCUGGCGUGCCCCAGACGGUUAUCAUCACCGACGUGAACUACGACACCAGUCUCGGCCCCAACCGUCUCGACCUCAGCGGCACGGCGUUCGGCGCCAUGGCUAAGCCUGGCCUCAACGGCAAGCUCCGCGAUGCCGGCGCCCUCAGCAUCCAGUACAGGAGGGUGCCCUGCAACUACAAGGGCUUGAACGUGAGGUUCCACGUGAUGGGAGGCUGCAACCCAUUCUACUUCGCGGUGAUCGUGUACUACGCGGGCAGAGAUGGCGCCGUGGUGCAGGUGGACCUCAAGGAGGCCAACUCGCAGACAUGGAGGCCGCUGUACGAGUCGUGGGGCGCCGUCUGGAGGAUAGACCCCGGCCACCCGCUGAAGGCACCCCUCUCGCUGCGCGUCCGCAGCGACUGUGGCAAGAUUCUGGUGGCCUACGACGUCAUCCCGGUCAACUGGAGGGGCAAUGCCGAUUACCGUACCAUCGCUCAGUUCCACUGA